UCUCUCAGUUGACCAUUGGGAGGAGGUGAAUCCUGCGUCUGGGGACUUCGCCGCUCUAGUACGGCAACCUGAUUGACAAACAUCACCAACGCCCAUAAACUGGAUAUAGGAAUGAGUCGAGUCGUGAAAAGAGUCUAUUUCUUAGAUAAUUGAGAAAAGAUACACCCUUUUCUGCGCACUCCUCGUGUAAUAGCGCUUGUUCGACUGUUCAAUAGGGACGAGUGAUUUCAGACUAUUGAACUCUCGUUCUGCUCCUUUUGGAUUUUGGAUUGUUCUUUUCGCCGUGUGCUUUCUUUCAUCUCUAGGCUACUGUCCAUUUGCGUCCAUCCAAAAUGGCAACAAGAAUCGAUAAAGAGGCUUGCAGGGAAGCUUAUAACCUCGUCAGAGACGAUAACACGGAGAUAAACUGGGCAGCGUUUAAAUAUGAGGGCCAUAUGAUUGUGCCGGCGGGCCAGGGGACAGAUUAUGAAGAAUUCAAGAGUCAGUGCACAGAUGAUGUGCGUCUCUUUGGCUUUGUGCGGAUCACAACGGGUGAUGCCAUGAGCAAGCGGGCCAAGUUCACCCUCAUCACCUGGAUAGGGGAAAAUGUGAGCGGCCUGCAGCGUGCCAAGAUCAGCACUGACAAGACACUGGUGAAAGAUAUUGUCCAGAACUUUGCCAAGGAGUUCAUGAUCAGUGAUGCUCGUGAGCUAGAGGAGGACUACAUUCGCACUGAGCUGAAGAAGGCAGGCGGGGCGAACUAUGACGCCCAGGGAGAGUAAAGCAAAGUCCACCAGGGCGGGGCAGGGGAGGGGCUGCUACCUUUUGG